GAUGUCUCCGCACAACCACAAUGAGGCAGGUUCAUACAUCUAGCUGAUCUUGGUUAUUACUCGAUGAUUUGCUAUCAUCCCCAUGUCUUCUCCAGGUAGCGAAAACGUUGAGCAGUUUUGCAUAAACAAUUACAUAAAACAAAUUAUUGUCUUUGUCUUCUCCCUGGUUUUGCAUCAACAAUUACAUAAAACAAAUUAUUGCUGGUAGGGUGCAUCUCAGCGGAACAAUAAGAUGCAUUUUGUGUGAACUUGGACCCAUAAAUCUCAGACAUGUGAACAAAAAGAAAAAUAAGAGGAAAUCAAUCAGCUUCUCAGACAUGUGCAUUUUCAGUCUUCAACUUCGAGAAGUAUAGUUUUCCUCAAAGUAAGAGGAAAUCUUUGGUACCUGUUUGCACCAGUUUACAUAAGACGACGAGCCAUUGAGAAUCGCAACACCAUCCUUUUCCUGUUUUCCUCAUGACUUUUGUACUCAAAAUCCCAGGCAACUUUUAGUAGUGUUCAGAGCAAUACAACUGGAUAGAUGAUUUUCAGGCAAGAUUCAUGAGAACACCAUGCAGGAGCUCCCUUUCUCGCCAAGAAACAGAGAAAGUUUAUCCAUGCCUUUCCUUGGACUUGCUGCUCUCCUCCUGCUCUUCUUUGCCUCUCCUACCAACUCCUGCACCGAGCAGGAGAAUAACUCUCUCAUCAACUUCCUGGAUGGGCUCAUGCAAGACGGCAAUGGUGGUCUCAACGUUUCAUGGAUGAAGGGCACAGACUGCUGCAAAUGGGAAGGCAUAAUCUGCAGCAGCGAUGGGACAGUCACAGAUGUCUUGCUGGCCUCCGAAUGUCUCAAAGGAGUCAUCUCGCCAUCCCUCGGCAAUCUUACAGGCCUGCUACAUCUCAACCUGUCCCAAAAUUCGCUCGAAGGCAGUCUACCAACAAUAUUAGUUUUCUCCAGAAGCAUUAUUGGCCUUGACGUCAGCUUCAACCACCUCAAAGGUCAUUUACAAGAUAUGCAAUCCUCAAACCCCAGCCUUCCUCUCCAGGUACUGAAUAUCUCAAGUAAUUCCUUCACAUGACAGUCCCCACUAACAACAUGGGAGGUGACGAAGAAUCUGUUUGCUCUUAAUGCAAGCAAUAACAGCUUUACAGGACAAAUACCAUCUUCUAUCUGCAUCAAUGCUCCAUCAUUUGCCAUGCUUGAUGUCUCAUAUAAUCAAUUUAGC